AUUUCUUUUCUCUGUCUCAGGGUUUUAAAAAGCAGUGAGGCUCCCAUGGCGGCAGCAGCAGCAGCAGCAUCGCGUUGGAGGGCAGUGUUCGGGGGAACUAGGACGCUGAUGGCGGCUGCCAAGGCAUCAUCCGCGUCGUCCUCUUCUGCUCCUACCAAGAGGGCUUCCACCAAGAAGCCAAAGUCCACGUCCACAAGGCCUACUGGCAUACAGAAGGUGGUUCAGGUCUCUCCUCAACUCAGCAGCUUCCUCGGUGCCUCCUAUUCCUCCCGCCCCCAGGCCGUCAAGUUGGUCUGGGAAUACAUCAAGCUCCACGACCUCCAGAACCCUGAAAAUAAGCGGGAAGUCUUUUGUGAUGAGAACCUGAAAUCCAUUUUCAGUGGGAAAGACAGAGUUGGGUUCCAAGAGAUCACUAGGUUGCUGUCAAGCCAUUUUGUGAAGUCUGGUUAAUGCUUGGGCUUUUGUGAACCUUAAUUAAUCACGAUGCUCUCUGUAUCUUUGCCUAAUGCAGUUGAAAGACCCUUUUCUUUUCUUUUUCUUUCCUGUUUUCCCCUUUUAUUUUGCUAACCUUUUGGGCUUUAUGUUUAAACCGGCAACCCUAGGUUUAGGGCAUGGUUUAGAAAACCCAGUUUGACUUACCAUUGGAGAAAUGAUGUGGAAAAUGUGUGAUAAGACCACUAUGUAUAGAAAUCUCGGGCUCACUCUGGUGGUAUUUUGGCGUUGUAAACGGGUUCAGAUGAAAGCUUAUUCCAUGAAAGCUCUAUCACUUGUUAGAAUUAUCUUCGUGAUUAUCUACUGCAUUUAGAUUGAUAUUAUUCUAUGCUGGAUUAACUUUUCAA